AUGUCAGAGCGCCCCGCAAAGCGAGCUAAGCUCACCAAACAUUCAUUCGUGGAUCUGGAGGCCCAAGUGGACAACAACAAGGUCGAUCAGGAGGAGGAUGGGCAGGAGGAUGAAGAGGAGCUCGACGAAGAAGAGGAGGAAUACGACACGAUCGAGUUGCACACCCAGCUAAGGGAGGCAAUGGACAAAGAGGGCAAAGACAUGUGGCAGGGGCUAUUGCAUCGUGCGCAGGUGAGGACAGCAGGUCAAUCUCCUUCUCCUGGUAUUCUGGAUGUUGCCUUGACUGGUGGAGAACUCUGGGAAAUUGGGUGUAUGCCUGGAUGCGAGGAAGCUGUCCCCCUCAAGGUUCUCGCGAGAUCCUUGCAUCCAACGAGCCCCCAGUUUCUCGCUCGUUCUGUCAUAGGGCGUUGGACCUGCAUUGGCCGAGUUUAUGCUGAGGUUAGUGGUUUGGAGCAGGCGAAGCGUCUAGCAGCGGCCAUCCCAGAAUUACACGGCUCGCAGCUGUGCAGGGUACCUUUGGAGGAACGUGUGUCCGUGCUGACCAUACGCAAUGUUACACUGCUGCAAGAGGACCAUUGGUUGCGGGUGCGGGGUAAACGGUCCCAAUGGCGACAAUACAGAGGCGACACGGGCCGAACAAUUGUCCAACGCAGCGAGUUAAAAUUGUUGCUUAUCCCAAGACUGAAGGACCAGGCAGAUCAUGGGAUUCCCCCUCGCCGGGUGCGCACCUUCCCAGAGAUGCUAGCGCAAUUCGGGUCUGGCGUCAGACAAAACCAGGGGCGAGACGAGGACGGCGAGUUCACCUUUUGGGGCCUUACAUUCGACAAGGACGGGUUUUUGCUUGCUGACCUUGAUUCGGUUGACACACUGCCCUGGUCUGAGCGCACCCUCCCAGGUUUGGACGAGCUGCACUUGUUCAAGUCCUCCGCAAAAAUUGCGCCGGACAUGAUCGACAGGACACUCUCAGACAUUCAGGAAUUGAUUGUGCACAUAGGAGACAAGGUCAAGAUAACCUCAGGCAAGUUCAAGGGCCUCGGAGCUCGUGUCCUGACUGUGGACGCGAGAGAGGCAGAGGUGUAUAUCCCUUCACAAGAUUUAGUUCAUAGGCUGGUGUUGUCGCAACUGCAAAGGCAUUUUCACGUCGGGGACGAGGUUCAGGUCAUGCAAGGGCCCCAUAGAGGCAGGGUGGGUUGGAUCGUUGACGAAGCCAACAGCACAGUCAAGGUACUCCACGUAGAGUUGCAGAGCGAGAACAACGCUGUGGGCAAGACAGUCAUGGUGGUGUACAAUGACAAGAAACCUCGGGCGACGGCAAACAUUUACAAGGGCUAUAAGGGUCUGAUCAAGAACACGGACGGCUUUGGUGCUGCCUUCGUGGAGCUGGAGGUGUGCAACAACAAACAAGUGAAACUGAGGAUCGACGACCUGAUCCUGCGCGAUGACUACCGCGCAGCUGGGCAGCAAAACAGGCUGGAAGAUUUUUCGACGCCACCUAAGAAGACUGCAGCAGUGUCUCUGGCCACUACCUCCAGCGAGAGUGAACCUGUGGUGGCAACGCCGAUGCCCGAACAAGAAACAACGCUUCAAAGUCCCGCCUGGGACCCGGCAGCAGCUGAUCCCCAUGCACACCCAGCUCACUGGCUGGAGCAUGUGUCCCUGGCUGGUCGACGCAUCAAACUGUGUGACGAGGGCGAAGCUAGCUCAUGGAUUCUAGAGUUCAUUGGGAUUGAAGCGGACUCAGCGGUGGUACGAGACGGAAUGCAACGACGGCUGGUGCCCUUUGAGAGGGUGCGGCCAGUGGGGCUGUCAGCCGUUGAGGAUCUCGUGGUUCCAAUCUCAGGGGACCUGAGUGGGAAGUUUUACAAGGUGAAAGUGUAUGGAGAGCAGGAGUGCGAAGUGCACAAACCUGGGCGGCGGCUGCUCAAGCAUGAGUCCAAUCUGCGAUUUGAGACCCAAAAUCUUUUGCUUUACCUUGGUCUUUCCGCUCCCGCUGUAUCUCCGAGCGUAUCCCCACACGACGAACUGGCGCCUACGCUUAGAAGCCACUCAAAAGCACCUGCCGUGACUGUUGACUUGCCGAUACCGCCAGUAGAAACGCCCAAACAGGACGCUUCCCGCCAACGUUCUCCGUCACCACUGUCUCCCCUGACCUCGCUAGAGGAACACUCACUGCAUCUGUCGACACCCUCCGUGACACAUCCGCCCCCUCCGCCCCCUCCGCUUCAACUGUCAGAGUCGGCAGAAACUGAUUCUACACUUGUGGGCCCCACCCACGAACGACUAGACGUCUCUGUGCGCAGUUGGGAGUCCGACUCUGAUUCCGAAAUCUUGACCGCAUACAUUCACUCAAAAACCGCAUACAACCGUACCGUGAUGGCGCCCAACAAAGAAGCGACUGUGGAACAUCCAGUAGUCAAACACUGCCCUGUUCUGACUGCCGGCGAGUUAUCCCCAAAGGCCGCGAUGGAGCUGGACAAUGCCUUUCAAGACUUCUUCACCGCGUGUGGCCGUUCCAAGACAAUUGCGGAAGAAGAAAAGGUACCACUCAUCUUGUCCGCCUUCAAGGACUUGCACAUCCAUGACUGGAUCGCAUCUGACCAUGAACGUCUCCUCGGUCUCACUUACGACGCGUUCAUGAAGGAACUGGACGCCUUUGAGGAGGACCAACGCAGUUCGAAGCGUGUCGCCCUGUCAGGAAACGCAGGGAACACAGCGCCCCGAUCCUCCUCCAACAAGGCAUCCACCUCGACUGGACGUGCGCAGACCGGAGGCAAAUGGAAGAAGCUACCGAAGCUGGAGCAGUCGGAGAAAGACCUCCUCGAAGAAUACGAGGGCUGCUGGAAGUGCCGUCAAUUUUUUGCAUACCACGGCACACGCUCCUGCCCAAAUGAAUUUCCGCCCGGCAACGGGUACCACACCCUCACGCUCAGCGAUGUUCAGAAGCACCCGAAAUACAACGCCUACAUGGAAAAGAAAGGAAAAGCGAAGACAGUAGCUGCCGUCACCGACACGAACGAGUCCGACGAUGAGGAUGACGCGGUUGCAGCCACCAUGAGCUCCGCACUCGGAGACGGCACCGAUUCCGAGGUGGAGCACGGUGACAGUGAUGUGAGUCCGCUGUUCCGUUCAAAGCACAUCGUGUGGCGAGCGACACUGACGGGCCCUCGGGCUGAAUUUCCAGUGAAAGUGUCCACCCUCAUAGACAAUGGGGCGCACUUGGUGCUCAUCCGCCCCGAGCUAGUAGAUUCACUUGGCCUAGAACGUCUGAAGCUUCCCGUACCUGAAACCGUCGAUGUCGCUAUCAAAAGCUUGAAAGAAAAGAGGAAAAUUGAAUUAGAUGAGUUUGUAAAAAUUACUGUAACAUCACUGGAUGGUCGUUGGACAUCGCGCACUGUUCACGCCAUCAUCGCCCCGGGACUCUACCCCUUGCCACCUCACAAACCAAAGCCGUUAUCACCGAAACAAAAGCGCAGAGAGUUUGAUAAAGAGGUGGAGAAAGUCAAGUUGAUCAAGAAGACGACGCUCGCAGAAUUAUGCACAGUCAUACGAGAAAGAAUCACUGUGCCAGACGAACCUUCAGGUGAAUUGUGCGCCCACGCAGUAGCUGCGGUAAAAGAGCGAGUAGAAAUACUGGCUAACUGGGAGACGCUGCUGCAAAAGAUGCAGGAACACGAGCGUCUCCUGAAAGAGGAAUUCCUCGAUACGCUACGAAGAACGUCAAAAGUCGGACACGCGGGCCGCAUCAGACCCUCUUCCUCACGCUAUGCAUCCCCUGCCUUUAUUAUCCCCAAGGCAGAUCCAACCGUGCUCCCUCGUUGGGUAAACGACUACCAUGACCUCAAUGUGAACACCAUCGAAGACAGCCAUCCUAUUCCGCGCCAGGAUGACAUCUUGGCAGAUUGCUUGAAAGGUGUGUUCUUCGCGCAGAUCGACAUGACAAACUCGUUCUUCCAGACGCCCAUGCACCCGGACCACAUACACCUGACUGCAGUAACGACCCCCUUCGGAUUGUACGAAUGGACAGUGAUGCCCAUGGGACUUCGUAACGCACCUGCAAUCCACCAACGCCGAGUCACCCAUGCACUCCGGGAAUGCAUCGGCAGGAUCUGCCACAUCUACCUUGACGACAUCGUCAUAUGGUCCCAGACCCUCGAAGAACAUGUCCGCAACGUACGGGAAGUCCUAACCUUGGAGAACUUUCAACGACAGAAGGACUUAUCCCGCCGUCAAGCGAGGUGGAUGGAAUUCAUGUCCCAAUAUGACUUCAAGAUAAUCUAUGUACAAGGCGAGGCCAACUCCGUUGCAGACGCGCUGUCAAGGCUACCUACGGAAUCGACCAAGAGCAGCACACGAGCGGAACGAGAAGCACUGGGCCCUUGGGACGUGGACCCAGAAGACGAACUGUGUAUCGUUAUGGAACGACCGCUGACCUCGCCAUGCGACAUGGCCGAAGGACUACAAGCAGACAAGGACUUACUCGAUGCCAUCCGUAGCGGAUACAAGCUGGACCCGUGGACCGAAAAACUACGCUCCGCGAAGGACGGAAUGAACGGGAUCGCAGAAAAAGACGGCUUGUGGUUUCUGGCACACGACGCACUAGGCCAUUUCGGUUUUGACAAAACAUACGGCUCCCUCCGGGGAUCUUAUUACUGGCCGAACAUGCGAAAAGACCUGGAGGAGGCAUACACUAGGGUCGGAUGUGAGGCUGGUAGCUGCACGCACGGACACCACUGCGAAGACUUGGCGACCCUCUUUUUCGACAACUGGUUCUGCGAAAACGGCUUACCCCUGGACAUCGUAUCAGACCGUGACAAACUUUUCGUAUCAAAGUUCUGGAAGGCACUACAUACACUGACUGGCAUCAAACUAAGGUUGUCGACGUCAUAUCACCCGGAAACGGAUGGAGCCAGUGAACGAACGAACAAGACCGUUAACCAAGUCGACCGAAACCAGAAAGGCUGGGCGAAAGCCUUACCAAAGAUACGAUUCGACAUCAUGAACACGGUAAACACCUCAACCGGGUUCUCGCCAUUUCAGCUUCGCUUGGGCAGAAGCCCUAGAUUGAUACCCUCACUACUGACUAAACAGGAACCUGCAGAUGCUUCAGCCGAGGAGAAGAACGCCUGGGAUCUAAUCCGAAAGCUGGAAACAGACACUUGGGAAGCCCAGGACAACCUCCUGAAGGCUAAGAUCUCCCAGUCAUUUUUUGCAAACAAAAACCGUCAACUGACCUUCCCUUUUAAGGUCGGAGAUAGAGUCGUGCUUUCGACGGUGCACCGCCGGCAGGAAUACAAAGCACCAGGGAAGAAACGCGUAGCAAAAUUUAUGCCUCGUUACGACGGACCAUACAGGAUUACGGACGUCGACGAGGACCAUUCAACCGUGACACUCGACCUCCCAAACUCACCAAAUAUGUUCCCGGUAUUCCAUACAUCUCAAGUCAAACCUUUUACGGAAAACGACGCCACACUGUUCCCGUCUCGGGAGUUCGAAAAGCCUCCGCCAAUCGUUACCGAGAAUGGUGAAGAAUAUUACAUCCGAGACAUAAUCGACGAACGACGGCGCGGACGCGGUUGGCAAUACAAAGUCCGCUGGGAAGGCUAUGCACCGGAAGAUGAGACGUGGCUACCAAGACGAGAACUGGAAGACACCGAAGCGCUGGACGUUUGGUUAGCGAAGAGGAGGUCGGACGUUUGA